AUGAUAUUGUAUGGUGACAACUUGGAUCUUGAACUCUAUAUCCAAGGACAUCGUGGAGGCCUUCAUGUAUAUGAAGUCCUCCGAAACCUCUGGAUCGACCUUGAGCAAGGCUAUGGAGAAUGCAACGGGCCUCAGUUAUACCAAAUUCAGAGACAAAUCUAUUCAAUGACACAGGGUCAUCUUCCUCUGUCAUCCUAUUUUACGAAUAUGAAGAGAUUGUGGGACAAAAUGGCAGAACUAAAGCCAACACCCCAGUGCACGUGCAGCGGGUGUACCUGUGGGGCAUGGAAGGCAGUGAAGGACUUAGCUGCUUUCACGCAACUGAUGCAAUUUCUGAUGGGGCUCAAUGAUGUUUUUGAGAUUGUACUCCAUCAAUUGCUGGUCAUGGAGCCGGUUCCUUCCAUUAACAAGGCCUACUCUAUCAUAUAG